AUGAGCAAACAAGAAGAUGUAAUCGCCACUGAACCCUCGAUCUCCAUCGUCACUGAACCCUCGAUAUGGGUAUCCAAGACCCUAGCUGAAACCUUAGCUCAAAAGAACCCUCGAUCUCGAUCUCCAUCGCCACUGAACCCUUCACAAACCUACAUAGCAAUAUGGGUAAUGCUUGGUCUUUGCUCAUUUCGAACACUUCCUCUCUCUCUCUUUGCUCAAUUCAUCGACCCCACCAUGGUCCACCUCCAAAACGACCUCAGUUACAAGUCCCAUCUCACCAUUUUCAUCUCUGACUUUGUUGUUGACUCGAAAUUUGGAGAGAAGAAAGUGAAAUUUGGUCUGGGUAUUGGUGAUUCGAACUCCAGAU